CAAGCGAAACGGAAAACUCCGACCCAGAACAACGGACGAGCGCAACAAACCAACGAGAGAGAAAGAAGAAGCAGCGGCGAUGUCGCGUCGGGUGCUGAGGGUAGCGGGGACUUCCGAACCGUCCAGGAGGCGAUCGGUGCAGUGCCGCAGUCGAACCGGGUGCGGACGGUGAUCCAGGUGGCGCCGGGGUUCUACCGGGAGGCGGUGUACGUGCCCAAGACCAAGAACCUCAUCACCCUCGCCGCCUCCCAGCCCGAGACCACCAUCCUCUCCUGGGACAACACCGCCACCCGCAUCAACCACCACCAGUCAUCUCGUGCGAUCGGCAAGGGGACCUUCGGAUGUGGGAGCACCAUUGUCGAAGGAGAAGACUUCAUUGCCGAGAAUAUCACCUUCGAGAAUUCUGCCCCCCAGGGUUCGGGGCAGGCCGUCGCGAUCCGAGUGACGGCGGACCGGUGUGCCUUUUAUAAUUGCAGGUUUCUUGGAUGGCAGGAUACCUUGUAUUUGCAUUAUGGAAAACAAUAUCUGAGAGAUUGUUAUAUUGAAGGAAGUGUGGACUUCAUCUUUGGGAAUGCUACUGCCCUGCUGGAACAUUGUCAUAUCCAUUGCAAGUCUGCAGGAUUUGUAACUGCUCAAAGGAGGAAAUCUUCCCAAGAACCAACUGGCUAUGUGUUUUUAAGAUGCUUUGGGCCUGGCUGCUGCCUUUCGAACCGAGUUACAUGGGCUAGAGAAUUGCUCGAUGAGGAAGCUGAACAGUUUCUUCUGCACUCAUUUAUUGACCCAGAUCCGGAGAGGCCUUGGCUUGUACAGAGAAUGGCAGUCAAAUUACCAAUAUCUGCAUGAAGUUAUGUAAGAUUCCGCAGAAGAUGUGCCCUCUUUGAUAUGUCCACGUAUGAUAUUUAGUCCUGUUUAACUAGUAAGAUCAGGUGGAACAAACAUAUGCUUAUUUUACUUGGAAAUAGUAAUUAUGAUUAAUGUUAACCUUUUUAUUAUGGUGCUCAACUGGUUGAACCCAUACGCUUAUUUAAAUUUGAAUAGAGGGCAUGACUGGAUGAUUUAUAAUA